AUGGCCCAAGAUAAGAGCUGGAUGGAAGGACAGCGGUUCCAAGGCACGGUGAAAUUCUGGAGGGGAAGCUUCGGAUGGCUGUCCUGUGACGCAGUGACCGAGAAAAUGGGUCCUCGUGAUGUCUUCCUCCACCGAAAUGACUUGAACUCAGUGCCCGUCGUUGCGGAUGCCGUGGAAUUCGGCUUGAUCUUGGAUGCAAAGGGUCAGCCGAAGGCCACCAACGCCAUCAUUGUGAACAGUCAGAAACCCCAUGGCAAAAGCCCAGGUGGAGCCGCUGCGAAGCAAGGCUUGGGAGACUCCCAGGUAAAGCGGGCUGCGUUGAUGCUCUUCCGCGGCUCAGAUGUCUUAGUCAUACAAGAGAUGAAGGAGCAGUCGCUGAUGUGGAGCGACCUCGGUGGAAAAGUCGAACCUGGUGAGGGCAUACUGGCAUGUGCCCUGCGCGAACUCGAUGAGGAAGCGCGAGGUUUCCUUUCCGAAGACUCCAUCGCUCUGCUUAAGAAAGGCGUCGAGAUGCAAUUCGGUGAUGGCAAGCAGCCGCCGGAGAUCGUGGCUUUGAAAACCACUGGAUCCAAGCCGCAGUCUGUGGCGGUCUUAGCACAUUCCGAAACUGCGUGGAAAGGCACUUGUUUGGACGAUGAUGCUCAGCUGCACGAGCCUGCUGACCUGCAGCUGGUGGUAUUGUCGCAGUUACCUGAUAGCUCGUGGGAGCCAUUCGGCGAGAUUGCCAAUGAGCUAGUUGGCUAUGCGGCGUCGCAGGGUCACAGUAAGACUCUUCGUUGCAUGUUGGAUGCGGGUGCUCACGCAAGCUUUGGCGACAUGCGCGACGACGAGGACCGCCAUCGAGCUUUGACUGGUGCAUGUGCCAAUGGCCAUGUCGAAAUUGUGCGUUUACUCUUGGAAGCUGGCGCUGACCCAGACACAACAGGCGGCAUACAUGACUUGCCGGCUAUUGCGUACGCCGUUCAUCACAAGCACGUUGAGAUCGCUGGCCUGUUGGUGGAAGCUGGGGCAGAUAUCUGCAAUAUGGAUCGAAGUAAAACUGGUCGUACUCUUCUCACUCUUGCAUGUUGGCUCGGGCGAGUCGAGAUGGAUGGCUUCGUUGAGAUUCAGCCCUCCCACACACCUCUUACUGCGGCCUGUGCUCAGGGCCAUUCUGAGAUCGCGCGGUUGCUGCUGGAAGCCGGCGUGGACAUCAACAAGCCCGACACAAUCUUUAAUCGCACAGCUCUUAUUCUCGCAUCUGCGGAGGGUCAUGUCGAAACGGUGCGAUUGCUGUUGCAAGCUCGGGCGGAUCCGUACUGGACUGACCAUGAAGGUUGCACGGCUCUUUCCUGCGCAGUUGCGAAUUCCCAUGCUGAGGUUGUGACUCUAUUGUCGGAAGCGCUUACGGAUAUGGUGGCCUGA